UUGGUUGGUGCAGGCUGGCUCAACCUGCCCUGCGACACGGUCAAAUACACGUCUGCAGCAGAGAAGCCUUUCCACUUAGCCUUUAGCCAUAAUUGCCCCGUUUUCCCCAUCCCCUCCGAUAAUUCUUAUUCUUUUGAGGAUUCUCAUUGUCAAGCCGCCAAAGUGGAGAGUGCGAUUGCAGAAGGGGGUGCUUCUCGUUUCAGUGCUUCUUCGGGGGGAGGAGGUGGUAGGGGUGCACCUCAGCACUAUCCCAAGACUGUCGGCAACAGCGAGUUCCUGGGGAAAACCCCGGGGCAAAGCGUUCAGAAAUGGGUUCCUUCACGAAGCACUAGACGAGAUGCCAACUCCAGCAACGAAAAAGAGCGACAUGAUGCAAUCUUCAGGAAAGUGAGAGGCAUACUCAACAAACUCACGCCUGAAAAGUUUGACAAACUAUGCCUUGAGCUCCUGAAUGCGGGCGUAGAUUCAAAACUCGUCCUUAAAGGAGUCAUCUUGCUGAUUGUAGACAAAGCCCUAGAAGAGCCAAAAUAUAGCUCGCUCUAUGCUCAGCUAUGUCUGCGCUUGGCAGAGGACGCACCAAACUUUGAUGGCCCUUCAUCUGAGAUCCAAACAUCCCAAAAGCAGAGCACAACCUUCAGAAGACUGCUAAUUUCCAAGCUUCAAGAUGAAUUUGAAAACCGCGCAAGAAAUGUUGAAAUCUAUGACAAACACGAUAACCCUCUUACUUCUGAGGAAGAGGAGCAGCGUGCCAUUGCCAAGAUCAAGAUGCUUGGCAACAUUAAAUUCAUUGGGGAACUUGGCAAACUCGACCUCAUCCAUGAAUCUAUCCUUCAUAAGUGCAUCAAAACACUUCUGGAAAAGAAGAAGAGAGUCCAGCUCAAGGACAUGGGGGAGGAUCUGGAAUGCCUCUGUCAGAUAAUGAGAACAGUGGGGCCGAGACUCGACCAUGAGAAAGCAAAGUCUUUAAUGGAUCAGUACUUUGGCCGCAUGCGAUCCUUAAUGAACAACAAGGAGUUGCCUGCAAGGAUUCGCUUCCUGCUGCAAGAUACAGUGGAACUGCGUGAAAACAACUGGGUCCCCCGCAAGGCCUUCAUUGACAACGGCCCAAAGACGAUUAACCAGAUCCGCCAGGAUGCAGUUAAAGAUUUGGGUGUUUUCAUCCCAGCACCCAUGUCUCAGGGGAUGAGGAUGGACUUCUUCCUUGAAAGCCCUUUCAUGCCCAACAGAAUGAAACUGGACAGAGAGACUCUCGGGGGGUUGGCCGACAUGUUUGGACAGAUGCCAGGCGGUGGGAUUGGAACUGGCCCGGGGGUCAUUCAGGACAGGUACUCGCCCACUAUGGGACGCCAUCGCACCAACCCACUCUUCAACGGCCACAGCGGCCACAUCGCCCCUCCUCCACAGUCACAGUUUGACAUGGGGCCCAAGUCUUUUGUUAAGUCCAACCAGGUGCAAAACCAGCAUUUCCUCAACCAGAACCAGAACCAUAUGACCCAGCAGCAGGUUCAGUCUAAGGACAUGCCUCCACGUUUCAGCAAGAAAGGACAGCUCAACACAGACGAGGUAACUGGGAUCAGCCUCAGACCGGCCCAGUCAUUCCUCCUCAACAAGAACCAGGUGCCCAAGCUCCAGCCUCAGAUUCCAACCAUGAUGCCUCCCAGUGCUCAGCCGCCCCGCACACAGACCCCCCCUCUGGGACAACCUCCACAGCUUGGCCUGAAGACCAACCCUCCUCCCAUUCAAGAGAAACCACAGAAGACAAACAAAAAACCUCCUCCUGCCAGGGAGGAACUUCUAAAAACCACGGAGUCCAUUGUGACCGAGUACUUGAACUCCAAGAACCUGAACGAGGCGGUGAACGGCGUGCGAGAGAUGAAGGCACCAAAGCAUUUCCUGCCAGAGAUGCUCAAUAAGAUCAUCGUGUGUUCCCUGGACCGGCCCGACGAGGACAAGGAGCACGCCAGCACUCUGAUCCACACGCUCCGCGCCGAGGGUCUGAUCACUGGAGAGAGCUUCAUGCAGGCCUUCCUCAGCGUUCUGGACCAGUGCCCCAAGAUCGAGGUGGAUGUCCCUCUGGUGAAGUCCUACCUGGCCCAGUUUGCGGCCCGGGCCAUCAUAGCGGAGCUGGUGGGCGUGGCCGAGCUGGCUCACCCACUGGAGAACGGCACCCACUUCCCACUCUUCCUGCUCUGCCUGCAGCAGACCGCCAAGCUGAAGGACCGUGAGUGGCUCACGGACCUCUUCCAGCAGAGCAAGGUCAAUAUGCAGAAGAUGCUUCCAGAAAUCGAUCAAAACAAGGACCGCAUGCUAGAAAUUCUGGAGGGGAAAGGCCUGAGCUUCCUUUUCCCGCUGCUGAAGCUAGAAAAGGAACUGCUGAAGCAGAUCCAGGCAGAUCCUUCUCCACAGUCCAUCUACAAGUGGAUUAAAGACAAUAUUUCACCCAAGCUUCACACUGACAAAGGCUUUGUCAACAUCCUCAUGACAAGUUUCCUGCAGUACUUCUCCCAGGAGCUGUGCAUGGCGGAGAGUGAGGAACAGCUGGCGGCCCCUCCCAAAGAACAGCUGGAGCAGGAGAAGCAGCUUCUGCUGGCCUUCAAGCCCGUCAUGCAGAAGUUUCUGCACGACCACACCGAGCUGCAGGUCAGCGCCCUGUACGCUCUGCAGGUGCACUGCAACGCCAGCGGCUUCCCCAAAGGCAUGCUGCUGCGUUAUUUUGUUAACUUCUACGACAUGGAGAUCAUUGAAGAAGAGGCCUUCCUUGCAUGGAAAGAAGACAUUACCCAAGAAUUCCCUGGAAAAGGAAAGGCUUUAUUCCAGGUGAACCAGUGGCUCACCUGGCUGGAGACGGCUGAGGAGGAGGAGUCUGAGGAUGAAGCCGACUGAACCACCAGCAGAAGCUUCACGGCGUCUUCAGCCCUCUUCCACGUUGUUAGACUCGGCUUUCCCUCCCUUUAAACACCACGCUUGUUCUAACCACUACCCCGCUGCACUCCGUCUCGCUAAAGCCCAAAACCCGUCACCUGUGGGCCUGGUGUGCGACCAGCUGCACAGCGGCGGCCGGCUGAGAGCAUCGUUUGAUCUGUUGCCUGACGUUUUUUUGCUUUGUUUUCUCUUUUUUUUAAUCUUUUGUCCAGAUCAGCUACAUACGUUGAACUUUAGAUGGCUUCAACCGUGUUUCUUUGUUUGGAUUUUUUUCCUUUUGUCUGUGUUAGUUUUGUUACUUGCAUGUUUUUUCAUUUCCAUUCAGCUAUUACUGAUUUCAACCUUAGGAUGCGUCAUUUAUUUAACAAGAUUUUGGCUAUUUAAUAUUCUCACUAAUGAUGGUUACAAGCGUUCAGUUGUAAACCGAAGUAAGCUGCUUUAUUACCUGCUACAAAGUCCAGCCUAAAGUCCAGACAGGUCAUUUGCUUCGUUAGAAAGGAACGGUGCACAACACGGUGGGUGACUGAAAUGAGAAUGAAGCAUAAGCUGGAAAACAUUUCAUAACAAAUAAAGUGUGUUGAGUGGAAAAAAUUGCUCUUCAUAGUCAUUGAUGAUGAGCAUCUUUCAAAGUUGGUUCCCCUUGACCAGAAAACAUUUGAUUUCUGUUAUCCAUCCCUUUCCGUUAACUACAUAAAUGGCUGCAGCACUUGUAAUCCUUUUAAAAAUGUUACAUUUUAAAACUAAAACAAAUGUAAUCAUGGUUGUGCCGCUGUAACAUUUUGAAGUUGCCUGUGUUUCUACCUCUUAGUUAGAUGGGCUGUUUUUGAGUUUUGUGCUGGGAUAACGAUGAAGACAAAGUAUCUCGAGCCUUAGAAAAUGGUUUCAUAAUUGAUUCAGUUCCGGCCUCGAGGCACAAUUCAUUGAAGCGGAUGUUUCCAAGGAGGCUUUGCUGUGUUUACAAGUAUUGAUAUUUCGGAGAGGAAAGCAAC